AUGGGAACUUCUGUCUCGGCUCUUCCAUUCAACAAGAAAACAACAGUACUUGAUAUGUCCACCUUUGAGAACUUUCUUCCCGGAAUCAGUGAACAGCCCCCAUUCCUCUGGAUUUCCCUAAGCAAACGAAGGCGCCAUACAGAAAUAGCAAUCAUGGCACAAUCGGUUGUCUCUCUCCAAGUCAUGGGCACUGCAAAAGGUGUAGACUUUAUAUUCCUGAUUGCAAAGAACGAAAGCAUUUUUAUUAACAGAAAUUCAUAUAAACAUAAACGACGACAGGAAACUGUAGAUUCUUUUUCUCAAAUUUUUGUCUUUUUCUCCCUCUAUUUUUGUCUUUUCUUCUCUUUUCUUUAUCUUUCUCACUUUCUUCAUCUUCUUUUGUCCUUUUCUCCCUCUUUCGUCUUUUCUCCCUCUUCUUUCGUCUUUUUCUUUCUCUUCUUUUUCUCCCUCUUCUUUCGUCUUUUUCUUUCUCUUCUUUUUCUCCCUCUUCUUUCGUCUUUUUCUUUCUCUUCUUUUUCUCCCUCUUCUUUCGUCUUUUUCUUUCUCUUCUUUUUCUCCCUCUUCUUUCGUCUUUUUCUUUCUCUUCUUUUUCUCCCUCUUCUUUCGUCUUUUUCUUUCUCUUCUUUUUCUUCCUCUUCUUUUGUCUUUUUCUCAAUUUUUGUCGUUUAA